GUAUGGCAGCCGUAGUGGUAAGGCACUGUCGAAAAGGACUUUACAAGGCUCUGGGAAAUGGAAGAGUCCCAACUUUGUCACCGAAGUGUACCGGAGUGGUCAGACAGAAGUCUACCGUACAGUAUAUCUCUCGACCGGACCUGCCGAAACUGGCUUAUCGCAGGGUAAAGGGGAAAAGUCCGGGGGUGGUCUUUCUCCCCGGCUUCGGUUCUAAUAUGAACGGACAGAAAGCAGAAGCGCUGGAGGAGUUCUGCAGGUCACUAGGCCACUCCUAUCUAAGGUUUGAUUACUCAGGUCACGGGGCAUCAGAAGGUGUUUUUUCAGAGGGGACAAUUGGAUCCUGGAAAAAAGAUGUUCUUUUCAUGCUGGAUGAACUGGCAGAGGGCCCACAGAUUCUGGUCGGCUCCAGUAUGGGAGGCUGGCUAAUGCUGUUGGCAGCGAUCGCUCGUCCGGAGAAGACAAAAGCCCUCGUUGGUAUCGCUACAGCCGCUGAUCAUUUUGUCACGGCUUUCAAAACACUGCCUUUAGAGGUGCGUAAAGAGUUUGAGGACAAAGGGGAGUGGACGAUCCCGACGAAGCACACGGAGGAGGGCGUGUAUAAGAUCAACAUGGAGUUCCUGCGUGAGGCGGAGAACCACUGCGUGCUGCAGAGCCCCAUCCCCAUCACCUGCCCCGUGCGGCUGAUCCACGGCCUGAAGGACGAGGAUGUGCCCUGGCACAUCUCCAUGCAGGUCGCCGAGCGGGUCCUGAGCGCCGACGUGGACAUCAUCCUGAGACGCCACGGGCAGCACCGCAUGGCCGAGAAAGACGACAUCAAGCUUGUGGUCUACACCAUCGACGACCUCAUAGACAAACUCACCACCAUGGCAUGAGCU